UCGAAGUCGAGGUCCAAAAUCUAAGGAAACCCGGUAAGCCCAAAGAAAAGAGGAAACGGAGCAAAGGUCCUCCGACUUCCGCCUCAACUGCGUCUGGGCAACCGCGAAGGGAGAGGAAGUGAUGCUGCAGAGUUAGAAGCUACUGAGAUUCCUUGCCCUACGAGGACGUUAAUCCAAUGGCCCUAGCAAUUGCCUGUGGGGAAUCAAUGUCAUGCUCAUCGUCUCAUGUUUUUCUGAUUCGGUUCUUGAAUCAAGCACUCGAUUCCAUUAAGUACAAUGUUGCGCAAAUGGUGGCCAACAUUUUGAGCAUUAAUCCAAAUGCAAGGACUAGUAAAGUUGAAAAUCCACUUUCUGCUGUUGGAGAUCUCAUGCCAGCUACCAGUGAUCAGUAUCAGUUGAGAACUCAAGAUUGGUGUUUUAAGAAGAAAGAUUUCAAUGGCAAACAAGACCCACAGGCAGUGUUCAAUGUGUUAGAUGCAACACUAAAGGAGAGUUUGGAGCGUUUGAAAACGAUGAGGGAAAAUAUAUCAUUGACAAAGUUAGGAUUCAAGGUACGCACUUUGAAAGCUGAUAAUGCUGGACAGAUAGCCAUGAUUAAAGAUUUGUGUUUGGAGCAGAAGUUAGGAGCAGCUCUGUGGUUGCAGAGGAAGAUGAUAAAGAAAGGUGUUGUUCCUGAUGUGCUUACACACAAUUAUCUUCUAAAUGGCUUGUGCAAAAAAGGUGACAUGGAGAAGGCAGAUUGGCUUAUUAGGGAGAUGCUAGAAAUUGGACCACCUCCCAACCGUGUGACCUACAACACCUUUAUCAAGGGAUGUUGUCUUUCAAAUGAUGUGGAUAAAGCCCUUUAUAUGUUCUCCACUAUGACUAGCCGUGGUAUCAGGCCAAAUAGGGUUACAUGUAGUAUGCUUGUGCAUAAAUUGUGCAAGAGACAUCUUCUUAGAGAUGCUCCAAAGCUUCUUGGGAAGAUGUUAAGGGAGGACAAUGGUGAAGCCAUAAUUCAGGUUUUAUGUUCGGAUGGGAAGUUGGGAUCAGCUCUAAUGUUGCGGAGGAAGAUGAUGCAGAAAGGUAUUAUUCCUGACAUACUUGCACACAAUUAUCUUCUAAAUGGCCUGUGCAAAAUAGGUGACAUGAAGAAAGCAGAUUGUCUUUUUCGUGAGAUGAUAGAAAAGGGUCCACCUCCAAACCGUGUGACUUACAACACUUUUAUCAAGGGCUACUGUCUUAUAGAUGAUAUGGAUAAAGCUCUAUAUCUUUUCUCCGCUAUGGCCAGUUGUUCUAUUAGGCCUAAUAGAGUUACUUGUAACAUACUUAUGCAUGCAUUGUUGAAGAGAGGUCUAUUAAGAGAUGCUAUGAACCUUCUUAGAGAGAUUUUAAGUGAUGACAAUUCGAAAGCAACUUCAGAUUUGAUAACCUCAACUAUACUCAUGGAUGGUAGUUUUAAGAGUGGGGAUAUGGUUCAAGCUCUUGGAUAUUGGGAUGAGAUGCUUCAAAAGAAUAUUCAGAUUGAUGUUGUUGCUUAUAAUGUCCUUAUUCACGGAUUUUGUUUGAGUCAGAACAGGAAGGUUGCUUAUGGAUACUGUGGUGAAAUGCUUAGAAGAGGUUUACUUCCUGAUGUUGUUACUUAUAACACACUUGUAAGUGCUCUCUGCGAGGAGGGAAAAUUUGAUGAGGCUUGUCACAUUCAUGGUGUUAUGCUAAGAAUGGGUAUUGCUCCAGAUCAGAUUUCUUAUAAAGUAAUUAUUCAAGGCCUAUGUUCCUGUGGAGAUAUUGUGAAAGCUAGAUUUCUUCUCAGCAUGUUAAAGAAGUCCAUACUGCCAGUGCCUCUUAUAUGGAACCUUAUAAUUCAUGGUUAUGGAAGAUGUGGAGAUUUUAGGAAUGCAUUAUCUAUUAUAGGUCAAAUGCUAUCAUUUGGUGUUUCACCAAAUGUAUUUACUUUUAAUGCAUUAAUUCAUGCACUAGUGAAAGGAGGAAAUUUACGAAGUGCAUAUUCUGUGAAAAAGGAGAUGCUUUUAAAUGGCCUUUUCCCGGAUGUGGUUACCUAUAAUUUAUUGAUAGGUGCUGCUUCUAACUUUGGACAGCUUGAUUUUGUACUUCAAUUACAUGAUGAGAUGCUGAGAGGCGGCUGUGAACCUGAUAUAAUAACUUAUACAGAACUUAGAGGUCACUGGAAGAGAGGUAACAUCAAGGAGGCAAAAGAGCUUUUUGCCAAGAUUCAGAGAUCUGGUGUACAAAUUGAUCAUGUUCCCUAUGAGAAACUUAUUAAAAAGUAGUGGAAAUUGAGGAAUUCUGACUAAGGCAUUUGCUCUCUAUUAGAAGUGGUUGAUGAGGAAAAAAUGAUUUAUCCUUUUUAAUCAGAUACAGGUAUCAAGAAAAGCAACACCCAUAUUUGCUUUCUAGUCAUGGUUUCGAAAGUCCAAGUUUUGAAUGAUGUCAAGUGUUUGGGAUUUUGGAGGCUGAGUCUUACAUGUGUUCUUUAAGGAGGUGCUUGGCAGGAACUGCAGGCUGACUAAGACUGGUAGUUGCAUCAGAUGGGGGUAACCUCCAGUUUACAACACAUCCUGCUUGAUCAGAGGGAUCCCGAAAUAAGGUUUAAAUCACCUCAUGGUUUGGAAAUUGAAUUAACAGUGAGCAAGAGCACUGCAUAGAAUGAGGAAAACUAAAUGCUUUGAGACUGCUAAAACUUUUGUUCCAAGACACAUAAGGACCAAGGUAUUUGUCUAAAUUUAUCUUUAUUGUUAGGCAUUUGAUUUUUAGUAUAAUUUGUGAUUCUGGUGAAUGGAAUAGCUCUCAAAUCCUAGACAUUGUUGCUAAUUAGUCUUUUCCCGGGACUAAAAUGGGCUACAUAUUUUUUUAAGAUGAUGAACAGGCUAUGUGUUUUUGCUGGAAUAUAGAGAAUGGGGGCUACAUUAACCUUCGUCUUCUCAAGCUUCCCAUGGUAUGCAUAUGGUAGAUUCAGCUCAUCAUCCAGCAAACAAGGUUAGGGCUGGUGGCAAUGUUUUUGAGGCCCUUGUAGCAGUGAAGAUUCCCAAAAAUAUGGAAAUGAACACCAAGGUCCUCUAUGAUGGAGAAGACUGCAAAAGGAGGCUUCUAGAGCCCUAUUUGGUCUCUACAAGUACAAGGUAUUCUGCGUAGUGGAGACUGAGGAGAGAUCAUCUGGUGGCUCCAUAGCGGACAAAAAGAUAACCAAUCCAAUCCAGUCCAUCAGCUGUAGGACAUAAUUGCAAAUGGUGGUUUGGUGCUGAUAGUUUGAGAAGCUUCAUCAAUAAUGUAACUUUUCCUUCCUAUUUAACCUUAUUAUAUGUGGAUCACUGAGUUGCUUUCAUGGGCUUGUGGCCUGGGUGUACACACUUAUUCAUUUACUGUACCCCCAUUGCUCGAUGGUUGUCAAGCUGCAACCUCCAUUUAAAUCAAAUAUGCAAUCAGAUGUUUACUGUUUUA